AGCGUCCCUUGCAUGAACGGCCUUGUUACUUGAAGAGUUUUAUCCGCCGUGAUUAUUCAGCUUGUUCGGAGUCUAAAAAGCACGCUUAUAUUCAGCCCGCCUCGGCUCUAUCUGAGAUCUCAGCAACAAUGACUCCUCGCAUUCUUUGCCUUCACGGAGGCGGCGCCUCUGCUGCUAUUUUCCGCGCCCAAUGCCGCAAUCUUGUCUCAGGACUCCGAGACAACUAUGAACUCAUCUUCGUCAACGGACCCAUUGUUUCCAACCCAGGACCUGGUAUACUACCGGUAUUCGCCGACUUCGGGCCUUACUAUCUCUGGUUUUCCGCUCAAGAAUAUACAACCGACGGACUUGCCAUUCUCAGCCAAGCUCUGGAUGACGCACUCAUUCGAGAAGGGCUGACGCCGGCUGAUAUAUCCGGAGUUAUUGGAUUCUCUCAGGGCGCUGCAGCCGCAUGCGUGCUACUUUUACAGGCUCGAUUUGGGGACAGUCGCUGGGCCAGACUCAGUUUUGCCGUGCUUAUCUGCGGUGCAUGCAACCAGAACCUAAUUAACCUGAUUGGCAAUCCGCUUUCCGUCCGGUCUAUGCACGUUCACGGCUUAAAGGAUCAAUGGUUAUCAGGCGGCCAAAUGCUCUCCACUUGUUUCGAAACAAAACUCGCCGAAACCAUCGAGUUCCAAGGGGGCCAUCACAUACCGAGAAAUCCUCAAGACAUAGAGCAGAUACUCGAGUUCAUUCGGAAUGCCAGUGUAAACUGAAACAAGGUUUCUUUCAGCGCUACAUAAGCUCUCGAUCAGCCCAUUCUUUGAGUUACUCUGGCUGGUUUUAAUUUAGCAUUUUCCGGGGGCGUAAGCGUUUUGCCAUGUGGAGAUGUCUUUGCUGCGAAAUUUGUACUUAAAAUAGCAACAGAUCCAACAGUUGGCAACUACUCACCAGUUGUAAGCAGGGCGCUCGGAGAAGUCGCUACCGAUCAGCCUAAUUUCCUUCAUUUUAGAUGACUUUAACUAUUUUCGGCAGGUGAUCUAGUUACUACGUUUCCAGAAUUAUGUGGGAUCCGAAUCACAAGAUUAUUAGGAAAUUAUCUCUGUCUUCAGAACUACUUCUAAAAUAAUUCGCAC